GAAUGUGAGAAUUAUACAGUCAACUCACACUCAGGUGAAGCUGGUGCAUUGAUAUUGUCAGAAGUGACCCAUUUUUUAGUGCAUGGUACAGUGAUGCCCUUUAAGGUUAACAAAGGUAUGCAUAGUGAAAACAUGCUGUAGGUAAUUGCUCUUCAGCCUAAUAGAUAUUUCUUACCUGAAAAAUGUGAUGUAUGGCAAUCUUUACAGAAUUUAAUAGAGCUUAAAUCACUUGGAUGCUAAGGAAAUGUUGAAAGUCCUGUAGAAACUACUCUAGCAGUUGGUAGAAUUUAAUAGAAAAACAAUCACUCCUCCAGACUUUUUGAACUAUUUCAUGGAAUUUAUAGCAAGAUGAGUGUAUUUGAUAGGAUUUUCUUUCUUUCCAUUGAAAAAUUGCUCUCUCCAAGUUUUAUGGUGCUUUUUAUUAAGGGAACAAAUUAAGUUGCUGCAAAGAAGUGAGAAGAGGAGAGUUUACAGUAUAGAAAUACAGUCAGUAUAGAAGUGAUCUUGCAAAAGCUUUUUGGAUCCAUCAGUUCCUUUACAUCAUCUCUGUGCAGGGGGAGGGGUGGAGCAAUUCUAGCUCUGCAUGGGGACAGAAACCUCAGCAGCUGUGUGAAAGUACAAAGCUCUUCUGAUGAUGUAGCCAGAGCAGAUGGGCCCCUUUUGAAUCACAUUCAGCAGCAAUAAAAGAUUGGAAAAAAGCAUUUUAAGAAGGGUGGAUUGGUCUAGAACAGGAAGUUCUUCAUGGGAAAAUCCAGAGAAAAGCCAGACCUGGUGAUACUGAGGCUUUAGAAGCAUAAUCCUGAUUGGAGGCUUUAUAAGGUAGCAUCUUGAUAAAACGAAAUGAAAUGCAUCGGAGGGUAUUGGCUGUGAGUUGUAGAAACAUAUCCUUAGAAUGCACUGUGUGCUCCCAGUGGUGUGUGAAUGCUGACAGUUCAGACUCUCUAAUAGCAGCUGUUUUAUAACAGGAUUAAGUGACUAAAGUGAGGGUAGCUAAGCAGCUAUUAUAAAUGAAGAAAAGGUUAAUAUUGGGCUGUGUACUCUAUUUUUUUUUUUAGGACCAGUAGGAACAAAAAUACUUACGUUUUUCCUAAUCUGUCGUCUUUUUAGGGAACAAGUGAAUGAUGGAUUAACAUGAUGUUAGACCUAAGAGUGCAUAGAAUUGUAAACAGCCAGACAAUCUUAGAAUUGUUAGCAUGCUAUAUAUUGUUUAUGUGUAUAUCAAAAUUAUUUUAGUCAAUUCAUACAGAAUUGUGUGAUUCAUUACUCUAGUAGCUGUGCUCAUUACUGAGUUCCUGGAAACCUACAAAUCUGUUUGAGGUUGGUGUGAGCAACUUCUUCUGAAACCUAGAUGCUGCAUAUAUAGACUUUCCUGUUCCAGAUGUAAAUCAUGGGGUUGGAAUAGCGAUUGACUUUGAAGCUGUGGACCUUGUCAGUAAAACUUUCCAGGCUGAGAACAGUCAUUUUCUGUUUGAAAAACAUUUAAAUAUCAAGAUUUGGUUUUAUGAAAUAUUAUUAUUUGAUAUGUAUUCAAUCCAGAAUGGACCAUUGUGAUCUCCUUAUCUAAUCUGACUUUCUGCACAGGCAGAGAGCAAGAAUGCUAUAUAGCAAUUCCUCAUCAUUUGGAAAUAAUCUUAAGGGUUAAAAGCUACGGUUUUGACUUUUAAAUCUUGAAAACAUGUUUUUCCCUUGAUCUUGGAUUGUUUUUACAGUUUUCUCGUUAUGCUUUCAGAGACAAAUUUCUUCUUUUUCCAGACAAGGACAGAUAAUGAUAUAUCUUGUUUUUAUUCAGUUUCAGUUUAGCCAUGUCAUGCAUGAAGGCCCCAUUAUGUCAUGCAGAGUCGUUGUUUAUUAUGCAUCAGUCUCCUUACUGAAGAUCAGAUUUCAGUAGAGGAACUGUAUUUCAUGCACUCUUUCUUGAUAUGGAAUCUGCAAAAGUAAGAGAGCUGCAGAUAUACCGCCACAGUAGAACAAAGGGAGAAGUGAUUCACUUGAUACAAACCAAAAGCUGAUCCUGUCAGUUUUGAGGAAAAUAGGGUACUGCGAGGAGGUUUUAUCUAAGUAAGUAAAACUGCUCUGCUGGCUAGGAUCAAGUGUUAGAUCUGAAUCCUGAAACAGCUGAAAACUUUGUUUUCCAGUCUGCGUAAGUCUAUGAUGAAAUACUAAAAUAUCUUACUACACUGCUGCAAAUAAUCAUACUUUUAUCAUAUAAUCUGUUUAAAAAAAAGUUAACCUAUUAAAACACUGGCCAACCUGGAAACUAAGUUAUACUAUUGUGCAAAAGGUAGUGACCGCACAAUCUCUGCAUACCUUCUGCAAAUUUAAGAUAAGCGACUACAUUUUUUAAUCAGAGCAAUAGGUUGUAAAAGUGACAAACAUUGAUGCUUUCUGUUGCUACUUUACAUCAUAGUGACAUAUAAUUAACUGCUUUUAGUUAGCUAGUUUAUUUUAAGAAACUGAAACAAAUACUUGCUCUUUCAUACUAUUAAGCAACAUUCACAAAGAUGUGGUCUAUAGAUUGGGACUUCAGUGGGCGUAUUCAGAAUUACGAUAAUAGCAAUUUGUUUUGACUGGGAAAGCAGAUUACAUGAAUAUGUUUCUAUUCCCAGAUCACAUAAGCUUUAUUACAUGUUGAAGCUCAGUUUCAAUGAAAAUAUUUUCUUUUUAGUUUAAACCAGAAGCAUCAGUCUUCUGGGGGUUCGUAAGACUUGGUGUUCUGCUACAUGCAUAUAAGGAGUGGGAAAAGAGGAGACUAGCUAUCGCUUUGCUUUAUGAUCUGAUAAAAUUGCUUUAACUCUGAAGUGAAUAUAAACCAAUUGAUUUUUAACCUAAGAAGCAGAGUUUAGGUUACACAGACUUAAGACAUUCUUACACAAGGGUAAUGAGUAUCUGCUUACACAUCAGUUCAGAGCAUCGUUUUCUGAGCAUGAGCCUAAAGAAAUUGAAUCUAAGGGACUAUUUAUACAUCCAGAGGAUCUAACUUGUUGGCUAGCUUUGCCUACUGUUAUCAGCAAGAGACAGAGAAGCUCAUCCAGAAAGCUCCACCAUCUAGAAUAACUUCUGUCUUUGUUUACUGUGGUGAAAACAGCUUUUCUCUACCAGUUGUGUACUUGAUCUCGUAUGUCAUUCUUGUACGGAUGGAUGGACGUUUCUGCUUGUUGUGUCAUAUGUCAGGAAGCCCUGGUGAAGAACGGAGAAGUCUUAUGGGGAAAAACUGAUCUUAAUUUUUCUUUUCUUUUUCUUUCUUUAACUUGUAAAUGGGUGUAUCACAAGUGGAAACCUUUUUGAUAGAGGUACACCAUGCACAGAAAAAUAGAACUGUAGGCUAGAAUAUUUCUACCAAAUCCAGCAUUAGAAGUAUUGAGUAUCCCCAAGAAGUCUUUGUAGAAGAUGAUCACAUAUUCCCUAAUACUGAUUGCAUUGACUUGAGGAGGGGCAAUAUAAAAAUUUCAUCCACUUUUUUUGAAGGAAAAAAAAAAACACACAAACUGAUGGUUUCAGGAUUGCUCUGGACUUUUGGUACAAUACAAAGAAAAACCCAGACAGAUCAGAUUUCUUGGUGCUACAGUCUGUGUUGGCUAACAAUUUCAGUAAUGCUUAAUUCCACUUUUGGUGGCUAUCUUCCUAAUUAGACAGCUGCCUCUCUAUUAAGGAAAAAUUAUUCUUGUGUGUUAUCAUAUUCUCAUUAUGGACCGUGUCUGUGUUCAGUCCAUCGAUAGGUGGUUAUGGUUGUGCUAUACUGGUAUCCAAUGUAUUGCUGCAUUCAUAAAUGUGGUACUUCCUAGUUUCAGACAAACUAUUCCUUUAACUUUUGCUUGAUUAAUGCGAACAUCCCAAAGAUUAAAAACUGGUCUAUUAGCAGUACUUCAUGUUACAUCUAACAGAUCUGGAACUUUACAUGAACACUGAGCAGAUCAUAAACAAGUUCAUUCUUUUUGGAACACUAGGCAUGGGUAACAUAAACAUCACUAACCUUUUCGAAGCUGAGAAUGAUACCUUUCCAGAAUCAGGAUAACAAAAAGCUUUUCUGUGUGUAGUAUCAAGCGUUUAGCACUUAAACACAGGGGAGGAUAGCCUGGAAUCACAUAUGGUUUCCAUCUAUGUAUAAUAUACCAUCAGACAAGUGAUUGUAAAGUUGAUUCAAACUUAAGUGGUGGAGAAACUGUGCCUAUGAAUGUGAUGUUUGUGUUACAUGCUCACAUAGUCUAGACAUCUUGGUUAUGCAGGUAACAGUGGCAUUAAUGUAAUUUACACUUGGUGAAACAAACCAUAGUGGUACAUGGAGAAGCCAUGACUUUCUAGUCAUAAAUGUUAAGUUAACUGGCUAGCUAUUUUAUACUUCAUUUGGAAAUCAAAUUAUGUGACAACAUAUGUUGUAGUUUGUGUUCUAUAUAGGUAUGUAUCGUGCAGCCUAUCUGCAUCAGGUUCCAAUGAUCUAUGUUUUCUAGUAGAAUAAAGAGAGAAUUGGAAUUGACAACAAAAUAUAAUAAACUUUGUUCAACUGUCAUAUCCUGGGUAAAGUACAUGCUAAAGCUGUUGGAGUGACUUGACUAUGAAGCUUUUGUGUAGGUCUACAAACAAGAGCCUCUGUAGAAAUGUAGUUUUGAUUCCAAAGAAAUGUCAAUAAUAAAAUGUGAACAUUCAGUUUUUUGUAAUCUAGAAGAUGAGAACUGGCUUGUCAGCUUGGAAAAGAGAAGAAUUGGGAAAAAUCUGAGGCAAGCAUUUCCAGCUGUGACAAGUACCAUUGGAUUAGUCAGUGAAUAGUUUAUGAAACAGAAGGAUGGAAAUAAAAAUGGAAAUGGAAAGCUUAUUUAGUGAAAAUGUGGAUGCUGAUUUUAUUCCUGAGGACUGAGUGAUGAUGAGUAAUACAGUGGAAUUGCCAGUUUUUUCCCUUGUCAGGUAGUGGGAGCAGUAUGGAUUUCUUCUAUUUCGUUUCAAAUUUGAAACCGCAAAAGUGAGAAGAUUCUCUCCUUUGGUGUUGGAGUGCAGUUCAUCUCCUUGCAUUUAUUUCAGAGCCUUAGGAAAGAUUUUUGUUUGGAACCAGGGGCUGAGCAGUUGUAGAGUUUAGUAACCCAGGACAGGAAGCAUCUCUGGCAUACGAAAGGCCUUUAGGAUAUGGAAACAAACUCAGAAAACCAGAGCAUCUGGUGAAAGAAAGAGGAAAAUUAAUUUGCCAUGGGAUAUGAGACCACACAAUAGAAAGCUACUUUGUACUGCCUUGAAGAAGCCAUUUCAGUUUUCUUGGAGACAACUCUGAGGACAUUAACAGAGCUCCUACUUGAAAAAUUCCAAGCAACAUUUCAAGGAGAAAGUUUUCAAAUAAGUGUCCUCCUUUUCCAGGAGGAUUCAGAAAAAGAAUUAUAUUCAUGGAAUAUCCAUUUGGACAACUAGCAGCGCAGUCAGUUAUGCCAGUUCUUGGAGAUCCAGGAUUUGUGUGCAAUCUGCAUCGUGUUUUAACGCACCAAGGAACACUUUUCACUUCAGAACGCUUCGCAUUAAAGGAUCAUGGUAGACAGUUUAAUACUUUCUUUGAGACUUCUCAGUUCCCUAGCAGUGCUGGGAUUUCAGCUUGUCAUCCCACAGCCUUCAAUUGAACACAGAAAGGUUCCCCAGAGGAUAGAGGAGCAGAGAGAUGCAUCCGAAGAUAGCAGUGCAGGAAUUCCAGGCAUGUGGGGAAGCUGGGGCCCCUGGUCUGCCUGCUCCCGGAGCUGCAGCGGUGGUGUGAUGGAGCAAACGCGGCCCUGCCUUCCAGCCUAUUACCACGAAAGGGGCUACCGAAGGCCAGGGCGACAGUACCCAGCCUCAGAGAGAACUCUUGCUCAUCAGAAUUCACGCCAUCGUGAAGAUCCGUUGACUGCUUAUCCUGGCCAUGUCAUUUCUGCCAUCCGUACAUCUGUGCCACUUCACAGAAAUGAGGAGCAGCUUUGGGCUGGCCUUCGGGCUCCUAUUUCUUCAGGAGGCCGUAAUAACAGCCAUCUAAGCAGAGGAGCAUUAAGAGGCAGCCGGCAUUCUCAGUCCCAGAGGCAUAACCCCAAGCCAGAAAAGAGAAGCAGAAACAGAAAUUCUAUUGGCCCAGGAAAGUAUGGAUAUGGAAAAGUGCCAUAUAUUUUACCUUUGCAAACUGAUACUGGUCAGCAGCCUCAGAAACUUCGGAGGCAGCGACAGUCAUCAAGGAACAAUGUAUUUCAUCAGAGUCCAAGUCUCGGGAACACUUACAGCCAGGCAGCUAAUCCUUCACUUCAACAUGGGAAUCUUUAUCAAGAAGAAAGUAGACCUCAGGCUGGACAUCAAGUCAUAGGACCCUCAGUUUAUCAGUCAACUUCAUUUCCUGCAUCUCAAAGUUUGUUUCAUAAUAGUGACUCAAACCAUCAUGGGUCUUCAUCACGCCAGGUGGUCCAGGGUCAGCCUCAGCCUCAAAGGGCUGCAGCUAUUGUGUGCAUUGGCACCUACAAGCAAUAUAAACUCUGCAACACAAAUAUGUGUCCUGAAAGCAGCAGAAAUAUCAGAGAGGUGCAAUGUGCAUCGUACAAUAACAAACCAUUUAUGGGUCGAUUUUAUGAGUGGGAACCUUUUGCAGAAGUGAAAGGAAGUCAGAAGUGUGAGCUGAAUUGCCGUGCAAUAGGCUACCGAUUCUACGUGAGACAAGCUGAAAAAGUAAUAGAUGGAACACCGUGUGACCAAAAUGGAACUUCCAUCUGUGUGGCAGGGCAGUGCAAGAGUAUUGGCUGUGAUGACUAUCUGGGUUCAGACAAGGUGGUUGACAAGUGUGGAAUAUGUGGAGGGGACAACACUGCUUGCAAAGUUGUGUCUGGAGUUUUCAAACACACGCUAACAAAUCUUGGCUACCACAAGAUAGUGGAAAUUCCUGAAGGAGCUACUAAAAUCAACAUUACAGAGAUGUCAAAGAGCAACAACUAUUUGGCACUGCGGAGUCGUUCAGGACGGUCCAUCAUCAACGGAAACUGGGCAAUUGAUCGGCCUGGGAGAUACGAAGGUGGUGGGACAAUGUUCACGUAUAAACGCCCAAAUGAAAUCUCCAGCACUGCAGGAGAGUCAUUUUUAGCUGAUGGCCCAACAAAUGAAGUCCUUGAUGUCUAUAUGAUACAUCAGCAGCCUAACCCAGGUAUACAUUAUGAGUAUGUCAUUCCAGGAGACAAUGUCAUUAGUCCUCAGUUGCUUGCUCACAGGAGGCCAGGGGAGCCCUUGAAUGGUCAGUUAGAAAUUCCAGAAAGUACAAAUCAUGAGGAUGAGGAUUUGCAUAGGGAGACAGAGACUCUCACUGGACAGUCAGCUGGAAGUUUUCCAGUUAUUCAGCCAGGAAGAUUUUCUUCUCAUCAGCCAGAAAACCAGGUGCCUGCUGUGCAGCCACCAAGACAAAACCGAGAACACAACUGGAAACAGAUUGGAAAAACUGAGUGCACCACUACAUGUGGGAAAGGGUCACAGUACCCAGUUUUCCACUGUGUCAACAGAAUCACUCAUGAGGAGGUUCCUGAGGGUUACUGUGACAGCAGCACCAAGCCUAUUCCAGAAGAGGAGGCCUGCAACCUCUUCCCAUGUCCAGCUUUCUGGGAUAUAGGGGAGUGGUCUGAGUGCAGCAAAACAUGUGGCCUUGGUAUGCAGCAUCGGCAAAUCUUGUGUCGGCAAAUGUAUGCCAAUCGUACCUUGACAGUUCAGCAGUACCGCUGCCAUCACCUGGAGAAACCAGAGACAACCAGCACUUGCCAGCUGAAGAUCUGCAGUGAAUGGCAGAUUCGGACAGAGUGGACUUCAUGUUCAGUACCCUGUGGAGUGGGGCAGAGGACUCGAGAUGUGAAAUGUGUCAGCAACCUUGGAGACAUUGUUGAUGAUGAGGAAUGUAACAUGAAGCUACGGCCAAAUGACAUUGAAAACUGCGACAUGGGUCCAUGUGCAAAGAGCUGGUUCCUUACAGAAUGGAGUGACAGGUGUUCGGCAGAAUGUGGGGAUGGAGUCCGUACGCGCUCAGUGGUUUGUAUGACCAACCAUGUCAGCAGUCUGCCUCUGGAGGGCUGUGGGAAUAACAGACCGUCUGAAACAACUCCCUGUAAUAAUGGCCCCUGUGCUGGUAAAGUGGAGUGGUUUGCUGGGAGCUGGACACAGUGUUCUAUUGAAUGCGGCAGUGGAACUCAACAGAGAGAAGUCAUUUGUGUUAGGAAAACUGAAGGUAAUUUUGAUGUUUUGAACCCCUAUGAAUGUUCGUAUUUGGAAAGACCUCCCAGUCAGCAGUCCUGCUACCUCAAACCCUGUGGUGCUAAGUGGUUUCAUACAGAAUGGAGCACAUGUUCCAAAUCCUGUGAAGGAGGAUUUCGGGUUCGAGAAGUGCGAUGUCUAUCAGAUGACAUGACAACCAGUACUCAGUGUGAUCCACAGCUUAAACCUGAAGAAAAAGAACCAUGUAACACACAAGAUUGUAUCCCAGAAAUAGAUGAGAACUGCAAAGAUAAAUACUACAAUUGCAAUGUGGUUGUUCAGGCUCGGCUCUGUGUCUACACGUAUUACAAAACAGCCUGUUGUGCAUCCUGUACACGUGUGGCAAAUCGACAAACAGGGUUUCUAGGAGGAAGAUAACAAAUACUCUACUACUCAAAGCAGCAAUAUCAGUCUUCAGAUGGAGCUUAAACAGUGUUACUGUUUUGACCACAGCAGGUUCUACCUUCAUAAAGAGAUGGUUUUUAUAUUGCUGAGCACAUCAAGACUAUGGUUAAACCUCACACCCUUUCAGUUACACUUAAUGUGCAGUUACAUAUUUUUUAAAAUGUUUGUUGUAAAACCAUGAUCUUUUUAAAGAAUUAAUUUUUAAUAAUACUGUUCUUUGCACCUGUUCAUCAGAUAAUCAUUUAAAGAAUAUACCAGCCUUACUAUUGAGAAGUUAAUGAAAAGAAAAUCAGUCAUAGGCAAUUACUGGAGAUAUUUGACCAGUAUGGAUGCAGCUGCUGCAUUAUUUCCUGAGUGCUUACUCUCGCUUGGUAUUUUGGACUGACUUAAAUUAGAACAAAUCAAUGAAACAUGCACAUCAGAAGAAUUAUUUCACAAAAAGCCAGUCCCUUGAAGACCCAUUCAUGAUCAGUUUCCUAGCACCCUAAUGUAUGUUUUUAAUUACUUCAGUCCAUGCAUAAUAAAUUAGAGUUACUGUUAAGCUCUCUCAGUUGUACUUUUAACUAACUUCCUGUCCUCUAGCAGCAAAUAUAUGCACAGUUGACUGCCAAGAAGUGCCUUCAUAUUUAAUUCAUAAACUCUGGAAGUUACACUUUUCUAAUUUUGUAUGGAUUUUAAAAGCAAUAUAUUACCCACCAGAGUGCCACUAGUGUCCAGACCUUUAAGGCUUUAGCAACUGCAGCUGUCAGCGAGAUUGAGAUUUAAGGGUGAGAAGUCUUUGCUGGUAUAAAAAAAGUGAUUGUUUCCAUCAGCAAAAUCUUUCCUGUAGGAUAGUUAUUUCAGUGAGCUGGUUAUCUGGCCUAAUAUCUUGUCUCUGCACAAUUGCUUGAGAACUACUAUACUGAAGUAACUUGUCCAGACCUACUCCGGAUACGUCACCAGUUUCUGAACCAGCCACCAAAAGAUGUAGGCCUCUGUGUUUUAUCAUAGUCUGUGACUCUUAGGAGGCAGUAAGUGCGAGUGUGCUAGCUGAGCAUCUGUAAUAAGGAGAUCUUAACUAUUGACACGUUUCAGGUUUCGAAAGAUUAUUAUACCAUACGCAUCUUUGUAGUCAGUGUUUCAUCAAGGAGAUUUAUUCAUACCACCUCUUUUAUACUACUCAAGAACGGCUCCAGACUUAGACCUGAAUUUGAGUGGUGAUUUUUCAUUUCUGCAGUUACUAUACUCAGCCUUGGGCUUUGCUAAAGGUACACAGAAUGUGCUGUACACUGUGGAAUGAGCUGUACAGCGUAGAUGAAAGCUGUAUUAUUUGCACAUUCUCUAGCCUUCACAUGUGAGGUCUUUUGAAUGUGUAAAUAAGGCUGAGCAGGAAAUAAAUACCUCUGCUUGUUCAAUUGUUCAUUACAGCAUAUUGCUAUUAAAUUAAAUUAGUAAACUAUGCAUCUAUUUCCAAGAUGCCCGCUUUCUCGAUUCAAAAACAGUUUUGAUAAUGCAUGUUAAGCCACUCCCAGUGGUGUGAUAAUACAACGAUUAAGAUUUCCUGCUACUGAUUCAGAGGCAUGUUUGAGCCUCAUUUUGGAUUUGUACCAAAGCCCAUCCCAAGUGAUCAAGCUGUGUAUCUUUUUAUUUCCUUUUCAUUGUUUGGGUGGAGGAGAUGUAGAAGAGGAAUAGGACAGGGGGAGGCAAAGGUUGCUAGAUGUGAUACUAGUCACAUCACAUUGUGUACUGAAAGCUAUGAGCACAGCAAGGUGCCACUUUUCUAGUCUAACAGCUGCCUUGGCUUAAGACAAACCUUAGAUUUUUUCAAUUCUGUCAUUCAUGUAGAAUAUAUUUUAGCCAUGACGAACUAUUGAUGUUGGCUGAGUGAAACAAGUAUUUCCCCUGAAAUUUGGAGUUAAGUUUGUGAUUAAAAACAUUAAAUGUCAUUGGCUGUUUCUGUACACCUUGAUUUGGGCUUUUUCGCUGUAAUUAAUUGACAUGAACAAAGACGAAGGUGUUUCUGUUAGAAAUGCUACUUAGAAAACCUUUCAUUUGAGUUCAUGAAGCUUUCUUAGUCCUAUUCCAUUGUAUCAUGAAGAUAAGAGAGAUCUGUGAUCAUAUUGUAUACCACAGAUUCUCAACCGAAGUGUGGUAUGGAGAAAGUGCAGCAUUAACAACUGUUGAAUCCAGUAUUUGUAAAUACAGAUUUUCAUGUGCAUGUCUCAUUGCAACAAACCUUGACAUACACUAUUUAAUUUUUGCUGUUGUCUCUUUUGUUUCAAGGAAAUGUAUCCUCUCAGCUUGCGGGAAAUUACUGUUCCAUAAAAAGACUUGCUGAAACCCACAUGGAGAAUAAAAUACAGAGAAAUAAUCAGGUUUGCAAACAAUUCAUAGAGAAUAAUCUGCUUGCACACACUUUUCACUGUGAGGCAGUCAGCAAAUAUACAGGCUAUCCUGGUCUUUUCUAAAAUUUGUUAUUUUGGUCUGGAAUAAAUAGCCAUUAGGAUAUUUUGCAAGGAUUAUUUUCUUGUAGGCCCCAUUAAGCUGCCACUGAAGUAAAUGGAGCUUAUGGAAGCUAAAUUUCAAAUAUAUGCAUACAUGUAGCAAUAUAACCCUCUAUUACUUCUAAGGUGUAUAGCUUUCUGAAUUGAAUGUGGUAAAUUAUGGUCGUAGACAUACAAAUUGUUCCUUUUUUUCCAGUAAAAGGUUUUGAAAGAUUAUGGCCAGUUUUCACAUGUACCAGUUAAACAGAUUUGCUCCACCUAUUUAAAACAUCUGGUGAUAAGGAAGCUGCCAGAGUUUUACUGAACUUAGUCAUGUAUCAUCUCUUCUCAUGUAUCAGCAUAACCAAAGUAGUUGUUCCUGCAACAUGAACUAAUCAACCCUUCUUUCAGCACUUGGAUGUAGGAGAACUACCUAUACAAAGUAAGUGCUAUGCUAGUAUUUCACUGUCACGCAAAGUGCACUUUUGAAAUUGUGACUACAGCGAGUGUUCGUUUUAAUAGAGCAGUGCACCAGUGUUAGCAUGAUGCCUACAGAUGGCCUGAUUUUACUUUCAUGAUCUAAUUGCAAAUCAAAGGUGGCAUUAAUGAAUCCAGUGGAGUUAGAUCAGGUGUAAAACCACUGUAAACAAGAACUGAAUCUGAAUUUGAAUGUUACCUUUCCUUUUCUGGUAUUUUAACACCAAUCAAAAUCACUUAGGUGGAAAAAAAAAAAGCUGUUCUUGCCUUAAAGAUCUUCAGUUUAUAUGGUCCAGUAAGACCAGAGUAAUUGUAGACCUACUGUUGUAGAUCUUUGAUUUAAAGUACUCUAACUGCUUACAGAGCUAAAAAACAGCAUGCAGCUUUCAUGUCCUGCAGAAUAUGAGUGAUAAAGCCAUAUUGGCAAAAAUCAGCUCUAUCUAGAGCCAGCUCUGUCUCUCCAGCACUUUCUUCCUGGAAUCGAGGACACCAGUGCAGGUGUUUAUGAUGUUAUCAAGGGUCUAGCACAACUAGCUCCUGAUCAAUGCCAGCUCUGCCAGAUUGAAGCAAGCGGAGGUAAAAUUGGUUGGGUGUAGCUAUUCGCACCCUCCUUUAUAUGCCAAAUCCUGAGAGCAUUUACUGGUAGCACUGAAUUCAUGGGGUUCUCCAUUCCUCCCAUGAGCUGGGAAACUGAAGAUGGUGUGGAAGCAUGAGGAUUGCUCCUGUGGGAUGACCCCGUGUCUGGCUUGGCCAGCCAUGAGCCAGAGUUCAUGCUUGCAUUAGGGUUUCUGACCUUCAGUCUGCCGUGCUCUGGGUUAGAGAAAAGCUUGUUAGCAGGCAGUAGAGUGCUGGGGAGAGCAGCGCAGGAGACACUUUUGCAAGUCUGCUAGCCUUGAAGUCCAGCUAUAUUGUAAGCUCACUGACUUGAUGCAAGACUACCUCAGUAUACCUGCACAGUGUCUUCUUCACUACAUGCAUAAUCUGUUUUUUUUUCCCCCCCAAUACUUGGAGCGCUCCAGCAAAUGGAGAACUGUCUACGAAUAAAGCAGUGUUUAACAGCAAUGUAAUUUGUUAGAUCCCAUCUUUAUGACAAUAUGGUACAGUUGAGAGUUUGAUCCUUUUAUAAAGAAAUACAGAAUGUCUCGUAGGGCACAUUAAGUUGAUGGUGUGUUAAUGCAAAGACAUAUUUUAGCUUACUUACACAGAGACUUAAUAAAAGUGGUCAGUAUAGCCCUAACUCAGGUGAGUACAUGGAACUCAGAAGAUCGCAUGGGCAGCAAGACUGCCAUGGCCUUGCUACUUAACUUUGCUUAUGUCUGAGUCCUAGAAAUCUGCAGUAGUCACCACUGAGUGGGGAAAGAGGCAGGUUUUGGAAGCACCUUAUGGCUAAUAGAAGGGGAGGUUAUGCCUCCCUGAAAGAAUAUCUAGACUCCACCCUUUAUAACCUAUACCACCAUAGGUAUUAAAAGGGCUCUCCAGGGCUUUUUCUCCCGUUCAUCCCUAUCCCACCCUCUCUCCCAUUUACCCCUGACGGGUGCUCAUCUCUUCCUCUUACCUCUCCUUUGGAUAUGGAGGGCCAACAGGUGCCAUCCCUUUGUCCUUUGGAUGACAACAGUCAAUUUUGCCAACAUUGCUAAAAAACCUCUGAACUGGCAAUGUGUUUUUUAAGAAUGUGCAUCAGAAAUAAGCCCAGCUAUUCAUAGAGCUGUAUUUCUGCCCGGACAAUGAUUUUUUUGUUUCCAUGUUGGCUAGUUUUAAAUGCAUAACAUUAAAAUAACUACUGAAUGAAUUCCUGAGCAAUGAACCUGUGAUUGCGCAGCUAUUAAAGUAUGUAUUGACCUUUUAUUCUCACAUCUAACAUCUACUGUAUGAAAAAAUACAAGAAUUAUCCUGUUUACACUCAAAUAGGAAAAUUCAUGUAUCCACCUGCUUUUUCCUGAGACUUAACACUUGGUGCCUCUAACUCCUCUCUCUAGGAGCCUUUUCUGUGCAUUGGGCAGAUAAUUAUUUGCAUGUCUGUCUGCAUCUGGAACACAAAACACAAAAUUCUGAACACUGAAAGUAAACUUCCUUAGUUCCUAACAUAGCUUACAGAGUAUGUUUGCGGGGACUGCAUUAGCUUCUGUUUAGAAAAUGGAAUAAAUUCUUUUAAUAUCAGAAAUGAAAAAUCAUCCACUAAUAUAAUUUUCUGUAUAUUUUUAAGAAAACUUUACCGCAUUAUUAGAUCUUAAUAGAAACAGUGUGGGUGAAAUUCUGGCCUGGUGAAAGAGAGAAAAUUUCAUUUAAGAGAACUUACAUCAGGCCUGAACUUGGCUCUUUUGUUUCUCAGCUUUCAGCAACCACAAGUUGUUAGGAAUGUGUUACAAAUCUUCUAUAUUCCCAUGUAUUUUAAUGUAUUAGAAGACAGAAACUGCCACUGUGGAGAGGAAAGGAGCUUAAUUAUUUCCUUUGAAAAAUCAGUAACUUCCCAGGGACAGUCUGUCAGUGCUGCUUGCUGUUUUGUCCAUGCUACAUUUGGGUCUCUUGAGACCUAGUCCUGCAGUGGCCUUAGCGGGGGGUAGGUACAAAUGAGCUUUUGAAGCCCCAUUGAAGUCACUCAGGCUCCCCAUAGAGGAUCUACAAGGACUGGAGCCUUAAUUGUGUGGAUUAUUAAACCUGACACUAUGAGUGACAAAACAAACUAACUUUUUUAUAUGUGUAAAAUUAAUUCUACUUGACCCUAACCUAGUAAUUGAUUUUGGCAGAAGGAUAUACUUUAUUAUAACUUAUUUUGUUGUUAUUUGUAAAUACAAGAUGUCUAUGGGAAAUAUGUAUACUGAGCUGUGUCUAUGGAACAAGCCACUGCACCAAAAUAUUUCAAAUAUCUAGAAUAGGCAGAUUUUUAUUAAAAGGGACCUAAUAUGUAUUUAUUUACAUAUACCAUUCACAUUUUGUCCAGCUCUUUCAUCAUACUAAUCUAGCUUUUAAUUGAAUUUUAUAGCACAGGUAUUACAUAUAUAUUUAUGUAUAUAUGUCAUGCUGUAAAUCCAUAAUACAACUUUAUAAACUUUCUGAUUAGCCAGUUCAUUGAGUGAAUUAAAGCAGGAAUAUAGAUAAAUUGCUUUCUGACUUGUUCAGGAAUAAGUAUCAAUGGCUGUGCACCUGAACCAGAACUGUACAGCAUCCUUUUCAUAUUGUAUACAUUUUCUCUUUGAUGAAAAAAUGUUAACUAUUUUUGUUUAUGACUAAUUUAUUUUUAUUAUUGUGAAAAAUAAAGUAAUUAAAGAUGAA